AUGAGCUCCAAUAGAGUUUACCACACUAACACUGAGGUGUGGAUAAAAUGCCGCAAGGUUUGUCGGGUAUGCGAAGGGCCAUUAUUGGCACCUCUGGAAAAUAAGCGCAAUAUUUAUGCAGUUCGAUGUGACGGCUGCCAGAAUUUGGUGCAUCAUGAAUGCUCCUUGAUUCUAGCCCAGGAAGUGAAAUUGUACAAAACAAUUCACUGUCGCGAUUGUCAGCAAACCAAGGGACCUAGUGUGCGACACAUUCGCCAAUUGAAACGGCGAGCUGAAAAUUCUGGAAUAAUGAAAGAUCCGUCAGCGAAGAAGGCAAAAACCCAUACAAAGAGUUCAGUUGAAAUGGACAGUGAAUGGGAGGCCACCGAUAGCAAUUAUACUUCGACAGGAUUCCCAAUUACCGUAUUCAAUAAUAUAUUGAAGAAUAGUCCAAGCACAUCAAGCUCGUUCUAUUACAUUGAAAGGCAGGAUAUAAAUGAAAAUAUGAUGGACUUAUAUUAA